AUCUUGGCUGUGACCGGGGUUCAGCUUCGUGCUACCCCGGCUGCCGACGGGUGGCGUUCGAUCCGCAUGCGCGCCGAGCACGCAACAUAUUCUACACACACCACCGUCAGUAGAUUCCGAAAAUCGUGCGAGGUUCCUGUCGUCCUCUCACAACACACAAACUCUUGUACACGACGCAACGCUCGGCGAUUCGUAGUGACCCUUCGUAACCCUAACAAUUCGACUAAUAAUUAGUGAUACCACACAUCAUAAACAAUCGCUAGCUGCAGUAUAAAACGGUGCAGUGCGUCGUUUGUUAUUUGCAAGACAUUGUAGUGCGUGUUUGUCUGUUUUCUUUUCUUUCACACUGUUUUUGUUAUCGUGUUUGGUGUUUAUCAAUCGUUCCACUCUAGAGGAUUAAAUAAAAGUCAAUACACAUACAGAUUAUGACCGGAUAUAUUGAAGAGACUUAAAUUUGUUAUCCGAUUGAAGACCAAUUAUGUUGGCCGCGUCGGAAAACAGCAGUUACAUCGCUGGUCCAGAUGGCGGGAGAGUAUUGGGUGCAAUCGCUGGCCUCGGCGUGCUAUUGUUAGUCUUUCUCUUGUAUAUAAACAAAAAAUGGCUGUGGGGUGGCGUGGGCGCGAUAAGCUGCUGCGACGAAAAUUGCCCGCCAGUGUCCACGCGCCCGGUGCCAUCCCCCACAGUGCCUUCGAGUCAACUUCCGCACGGAGCGCUCAAUGGCGGCGGCACUGUCACCAGUCCCAACGUCGGCAAGCCCACGAGCAAAUUAGUUAAAGAAUAUUCUUUCGAUGGAGGUGACUCGAGCAGUGAAUCGGAAAUGGGUGGACCUCGAGGCAAUUAUCAAAUGCCUUCAGGUGCCACAGGCCCAUACUAUCCGCCACGACAGGUACACGACCUGAUAUCGCUGGUGGAAAAGGGUCGUGUUGGUGUGAGCAGCAACAGCUCCUGCUGCAGUUCAACGACGAGUUCAGUCGGAGAGCGUCAUGGCGUCCCAGCGACGAAAGUCACCAGUGCGCAGGUCAACGCGAUGCAAUUACAGAGAACACCAACUGGUACAUUGCGGGAAACGAAAAUCGACAAUCAGGACUUGCACAGAAUAGACAAUGCCCCGGUCAGUAUGGACCACCACGCUACCGACAUCAAUAGCAACAGAGAUUGCAUUGUGGUCAUGGGUGAGGGCGAGGGCAGCGAGUUGGUGUCCUGUGUGGGGUCGGAACCGGAGGCACAACUGCUGAGUAAAUGCGGGCAUCUGGAGAUCGCGCUGCUGUACGACGCGCCCAUGCGGAAGAUGACCGUACAUGUAUUGCAGGCGCGCGACAUCCCCAGCCGGGAUCGCGGUCAACCCACACACACGCAGGUGCGGUUGAUACUGCUGCCCAGUAAGAAGCAGAAGCACAAAACGAAAAUCCGCUCCGGCGAUAAUCCGCAGUAUAUGGAAAGUUUCCUGCUUCAUCGUGUAAAUCCAGAGGACGUCAACUCAAUGGGAGUGCGUCUUCGGUUGUACGGCUGCGAGCGCAUGAAGAGAGAACGUCUCAUCGGUGAAGCCAUAGUCAGUUUCGCCAACAUCAAUUUGGAGUUGGAGAAUAAUUUCUGGCUUAAUUUGGAACCCCGUGCAAAUACUACAUUGAGCAGUGGUUGCACGGCGGAGCUCAUGAGUUUGGCCCGAUCGGAUAGCACCGGAUCUACGCAUUCCAUGCAACAUGGCGGUGUUCCGGAACUUCUCCUGGGACUGUGCUAUAACGCAACCACGGGACGUCUCAGCGUCGAGGUCGUAAAAGGAUCGCAUUUCAGAAACUUAGCAUUGAAUCGUGCACCGGAUACCUACGUGAAACUCCAUCUGGUGAGUAGCACUGGGCAAGAAUUGGCGCAGAGCAAAACAACAGUGAGAAGAGGGCAACCCAAUCCAUUGUUCAAGGAGACCUUUGUUUUUCAAGUGGCACUGUUCCAACUGGCGGACGUGACACUAAUGGUCUCCAUCUACAAUCGGCGGGGCGUGACCAAAAAGAAGGAGAUGGUUGGUUGGUUUAGUCUCGGAUUGAAUUCGAGCGGUGCCGAGGAGUUGGCACACUGGAUGGACAUGAAGGAGUUCCAGCAGGAGCAGAUUUGCCGGUGGCACGUCCUGGUGCGGUCAUAGCCCACCCGCUUGACAUAUCAUUUACCUGCUACCAACGAGCGUCGCGACUUCUUUGUAUUGAACCAUGACGACUGGAUUAUCGAAACCAACGAAGGUGAGUGCGACGCUGCGAUGUUUUGAAGCAACUAACAACAACCACCAAUUUGAACUUUAACUAUAUAUCUUAUUACCUAUACCUAUUACUACUUUUUGCGAAUACCAAAAACCAAACAAAAUGCAAACAUGCGCCUGUCGAAGACUGAACAGAAUGUUGAUAUAUUACGCAAACAAAUACACAAAGCAAAUAUAACGUUUUAAAACUAAUUACACAAACACAUUCGCAUUGAUAAACGGAUUGUGUGCAUGUGAAUGAUGAUGAUGAUUCAGAAUUUUAGCUUUUGACGGACCUAUUAAAAAUACGGAAGUAAAAUGCUGAAUGGAUGUGAAACAUAAAAGAGGACAACUAACAUUUGCCUUAUUAAUUAAAUAUUUUGUCUAGUACUUCAAGGAAGGCGUUAAUAUACCUAGAACUACGGUGUUUAUUAGUUAGGCGCUGAACUUCAAUAACUUAUCGUUAGAUGGAGCACCAUUAACUAAAUAUGCAAAUAAAAUCAACUGAACGAAAACAACAUACGAAAACAUCUAGCAGCGCAUACACAAACAAGCAUUUCCAACGUCUAUCAAUACUGGUUUUACAAGGUUAUUUUGCACCAAAUAUUCAUCAGAUGAAUUCUUUUAUUAAAUUACCUACAUCAACACUAUUGUUCUAAUCAAAGCUCAACUAAUCAUUUUAAUAUUAAAACAAUUAACAAACGAAUAUAAUACGACUAAUAACAUUCCAAACAUCAUGAUAAUCGUAAAUCAGUAAAUAAAUGAAAACCCCAUUAUCUCUUCGUGGAAGGAAAAUUAAAAUUCUGUUGUAUGAUUGAACAUUAACGAAAACAUUUUAAACGUGAAGUAAGGAGAAAAAUAAUGUACCAAGCACAAAUUAUCUGUAAGAUACAACUUUGUAAUCCUAUGAAUAACUGAAGUAAACAGUAACAAUAACCAAGAAGAAGGAAAUACGUAGGCUACCAAAAUAUUUACAAAGUAUAUAAUAUUCUGAAAUAGUCGAUGCGUAAUUUAGUCAUGCAAACACCUACGACCAUUAAACCACAUUCGGCCACCCUGAACUUUUACACACUCCAAUGUAAUAAUUCUUAACAUUAUACUAAUCUUACUCAACGUAACUUAUCCUAACUAUUUUCUUAUCUUGGCAAAUAAAUUGAGCUGUUAAUUGUCACAAAAGACGAGCUUUUAUAUAACAUACAACUUACUUAUUAAAUUUUCCACAUACAAAACCAAAUAUGUUAUGACAACGUUUGACUAACUGCGAAUGAGCAAAAGUUAAACCUAAUUAAACUUGUAAAUCUAAAGAUAAACACAACAAUUGGAAACCUACUUUAGGUAUGGUUACGAUGACGAUUAGAAAUUAAAAUACGAUUACGAUAACAAUUACCGAAAACCUUUGACUAUUUAUAGAAAGGUUUCUGGAUACGUCGCUAAAAUAGUAUUUAACACUAUUAUACACAUUUGUGUGAUGAUGAUUGUAUCCUGAAGGUGAUGAACGUUGAUAUCCGGACACAAUUGAUACUUGGGACAUUUUUACGAUGAUUGCGAUGAUUAUAAUCUAGAUUUAUGCGAGAAUUAUUGCUAACGAUGUACGCAUCCACUGUUAUACGGAUAGGGGCAUUACUAUUAAUAUAAACAUGCAUUAUACUUAAAUUAUCGAAGUAACACUUUGUAACGAUUAAUCUUUUACGCGGGGCGUUACGAAAAUCGAUCAUAAUAAGACCGUGUUGUUUAAUAUUAAGUACACCUCCAAAUCCAUUUCACAAUUAUCCAUGUUUGUGUGAUUGGAUUUUGAUGCAUCUUGGUUGAGUUUUUACUUUAUUUUCGUUUUUAGUUAUGGUUUUUCUAUGAUUUCUUUGUAUAAUAUUGUAAAAACUCACCAUAAGAAAUGCACCAUACAAUGAAAAAAACUUGUGAAACAUGUAAAUUUCAUAUUUGAAUACGUGAUAAAGUGCUUUUAAGCGGUCUUAUUAAUUUUGUGGGACGAUUUUCGAACGCCCAUCCAAUGGAAUGACACGUAUUGUUUCAAUUUAAUCUUCAUACCGAUCAACUGAACAAAACGCCUUGUUGAUAGAAAGACACCACGAUCCAAACGAGCAAGAACUCAUAAGUAACUUGUUACUAACCUAUUGCCCUCCACAAUUUUUAUUUACCAACGUAAUGAACGUAAUCAAGUAAAUAAUACAAUUGGAAAACGUAUGAAAUGAAAUGAUUUAUUUCACUUGAGCGUUUAUUAUUUUCAUUUUAAUGCAAGUGUAGGUAGGUAAAUAUUGGCGUGACAAAACAAGAACAAACACGAUUAUUAAUAUAAAAUGUCAAUUUGAUGUGUUCAGAAACGUAAACAAAUGUACGAGGGGUAUUUAUUUACACAUUUGGUUUCAAGCUGAAAGAAAUGUUGAGAAGGAAUGGGCAGAAAAUUUAACGAAUGUUAAGGGGAGGAGUUUAAAAAUUGAUAGUGAUAGAGAUAAUUGAGGCAAAAAUAUGUUAUGAUGGUAAACAACAAUAAGGAAUUAAGAAUGAAGAAUUUAAAGUAACUGUGGCAAAAAUAGAAAUUUAAGAUGAUAAGGACAAGAAAUGUUGAAAUCUAAUAUGGAGUACAUUUUAAAAAUUUAUUUAUUAUAAAAGAGCACAAUGCAAACUUAUCGAAAUUUGUUAUUUAGUUUUGUGCUCUGAAUUAGAUUUCAAAUUGAAAGAUGUAAAAAUUGUUUGUGGCGCUGAUAAAGACAAAAACUGUGUAAAGCACUAAAAAUAUAUUUAAUUAAACAAAAAAAAACAUUACAUAUACAUUAAACUUCAUGGAUAUUGUGGAUUUAAAAUAUGAUAAUGUUUACAAUAAUACAGUGUGUAAUUUAUAAUGGCAAACAUAUUAGCAGAUUGGCAGAAAACAAAAACAAAUUGGACUGUGAGCGAAUGUUAUAGAAUGAUAAAUAAUUUCAAUAACAUCUGCAUUUAUUUAUUAAAUACUAUAUUUGAUACUUGAGCAAAAUGUAUUUUUAUUCACUUAAAUGCAUUUAAUUAAAAUUACUUCUAUGUAAAUGUUUUUAUAUUAAUAACACAAAAACAAACAGAUUAUUUGCACAUAUUUUCAAUUUAGAGAUGUCGUUACAUGUUGUUGACAAUUUUAUUUAUAGUUUAAUGUUGAUUAGUUCUUUAAGUCUUUGGUGGAGAAUACAUGAAUAUAUUUUCGUAUUUAUAAGUAAUACCAACAUAUGUCGAAAAUGAAUGCACUUUUAAACUUACGACCUUCAUCUGAUUGUACGAUUGUUAUUCUAUUGUGCAUUACUUAUAAACUAAAUCGUAUUCUGAGCUCCCUCAAAACAGAAAACUAAACAAAAACACAAAUACAAAUUGAGGAUAAAACCAAAUAUGAAUAUUUAUAAAAUUACACGAUAUGGAAGAUAAAGAAAUUGAUAAUAUUGAUAUUUGUGGAGUGUGUGACUUUUUGUACCUACUGUUUUAUAUCAGAAUUCGACAGUAUUAUACGAUAUAAUUGUAAUUACAGACAUGAUGUACCACUGAAGUCGAAUAGAGGAUUGCGCAUCAAAUUGAGCGACAUACGUUGUCAUCAAAAUGAUACAGACGUACUGUGAACCAAACCAAUUCAAUAAAAAUACUCGAUUGUGAAUAUGUAUUAAGAUUGACUCUGGUUGUAUGUUGUUUGAUUAUAUUUAUUGUAUACAUACUCUGCACAGCUGAAUCACAAUCUGCACCAAAACUUAAUGUAUCUUUUUACUAUUGAAAUAAUUAAUUGUAUUCCACAUAUUUUGUACUAACAAAUAAAUAAAACCAUUUUAUUAAUGUCAUUCAAAACAAA